AUGGCUCCGAGCAAUGAAAAGUCGCCGUCGUCUAAGGACGACAUUAGAGGCCAAUUGUCGGACAUGCAAAAGCGAUUAUUCAAGAAGGCAAAACCCAACUCAAAUGAAGCAACACCAUCGUCAGGGUCGUCGUCGUUGUUGUCGUCACAGCAUCGACCACAAGAUGAGAAAAACCCCGAAAGCCAUCAUGGCUCGUUGCCGGUGCUGCCUCCUCAUGAGCGUCAUCUCCCUCACCACCUUGACGAGUCACCAAUGGCGGGGUUCUUGCCGACGCGUGGUGCCUCGGGCAGUAGCACGAGCAGCAAUAUAACCAGUGCCGGUUCGCUGAAACGGUCCACGUCGAUGAUCUCGUCGCUUUCAACGCCAACCAUGCCUGCACCGGGCCCAGAGUCCAAGGGCAACGACGUGAGCUUUGUGGUGGGGUUGAGCGAGAACUUGUUGACCGAGUGCCGGCGAUUAAACGCUGAAAACAAGAAAAUUAAACAAAAGUUCAAUAGUGCUCUCGACGAGAUCCAGCUGUUUAAAGACGAGAUAUUCCAGCUCCGAAACUAUAACCAGAUAUACACCUCGAAGGAAGAAGCGUUAAAGGACAAGAAUUGGGUGUUGGAGACUGACUCGUUGCAGUUGAGGGAGGAGUUGGCGAUGGUCAAGAAGGAAAAUGACAAGUUAAAGGCCAUUGAAGAAGAUUUGGCGAGAAAAGUGGAGCAGCUUGGUGUCGAGAACGACUCGUGGGUGCUUAAACAUCAAGUGUUGAACAAGAGCUUGACCGAGGCGAAAAAGGAAUGGGAUAACGAGAGAAAUGAGAUGACGCACCGGAUUACGGCGUUGAAUGACGAGAACGACUUGUUACAUUUGAAAUUGAAUGGCGGCGACUUGUCAAGCGUGGUGGAUGUGAGUAAGCUGGAAGUGCGCGAUUUGAGCGAUGAUGGCGCUGAUGCCGAACAUGAGGCACACGUGACCUUUGAUCUGAUAUUGGAAGAGUUGCAACUGCACGACGACAAGAUUUCCACUACAACCUCCACUUUAAACUCAAAGGAGGAAGUGGAGAUUUUACGAGGCAAGCUAGAAGAUUCAAACAAGACCAUUGCCAAAUUGAAAACCUCGAUUCUAAAAUUAAAGAAUGACUCGCUGCAGCAUUCGCCACGCCACAACCACCACCACCAAACAUUUGCUCAAUCGCAAAGAUUCAACCAGAAUACCCCAUUCUUGUCGCAUGUUGCCGACACGAGUAAAUUCUCAAUAAUGCAAUCGCCGACUAGACGUGAUGCUACAAUCUCGCCAACAAAGAGACACUCCAUGGGCUCAAUUGGUCAAAAAGAUUCAAUAGCUUUGCUCAAAAAGGGCAAGAUUGCCAUGUCACCCGACAAGAGGCAUUCAAUGAGCUCGCCUCUCAAGUCAAGGUCAACCAACAACCCAAUCAGGGACGAGCAUGACCAUGGGCAUGACCACAACUGGGAAAAGAACAUUUUUAUCACGAAUCUUGAAACGCCAUCGAAACCACGCGCAAUUAACGAAUCGUUUGACUCAGACGUGGAUUCAAUGCAUACGCGAAGCUUCCAUAACGUCUCGGGAUCUUCCGCAGGCAAUUUGGACAUUCCGUAUUUGAUGGACACUUCGGACGAGGAGGGCUCUCCUGCUACCAAAUCGCCAGCGACUUUGAAAUCCAAACUAGAGCUCAACUUGGGCAAAUCCGAGGACACUGGGAGCAAAAAUAAGCUGCUGCUGCUGAUACAGGAGUACCUCAAGGCAAACAACAUGGUGAUGAUCCCAGCUGAAGAAUUUGAAAAUUUGAAAGCAAAUGUUGUUGAUGACGAGAACAAAUUAGUCAGCGUGGCCACAUUGCGAGGAUUCACCAUGUUGAAGAAGCAAGAGUAUGAAGAUUUACUUAGCGAAGAAGAAAUGAAAAAGAAAUUGUUGCAAAAGGGCCUCGUUACUAUCCCGGAGGGCGAGUUGGCCGAGGUAAAGAAAAAGGCCUAUCAUUACGAUACGCCAGAUGUUGAAUGGGUUACAAACAUUGCAAACUCGCUUGGGUACAUUCUCACCACCACUGAUCAUUACGAUUCACUAACCAAGCAAGCUAACGAUCCACCCAUUGCUCAUCUCCGUGAAAAAGUAAAGAGCCACGACUCGUCAAUUGUUUCCAAUCACGAGCUAGAGAGCUUGAAAGAGCCCACGUUGGACGAAAUCAGCGCUCGAGCGGCCAAGCUUGACUCUGUUGUUGUUUCAAACGACGUCUACAAGUCAUUGAAACUGCCGUCAAUCUCGAGUAUCAAAGAACAGGCAGCUAAGCACGAUCUUGCCGUUUUGACAAUUGAUGAACACCGCAAACUACGUCAAGUUAUCGAGAAGCCAUCUUUGGAUUAUUUGAAAACCCACUUGCCUGCUCACAGACACACCGUUUUGAAAAACGAUGACUACAACAAGUUGGUUAAGAAGGCGACCGAGCCCACGCCAGAAGAGGUGAAGGUGCAAGCUGACAGACAGGGGAUUGUGACCUUGACCAAGUCCGAGUAUGUGAAGUUAUACAAAGACGCCAAUGAUCCCACCUUGGAGCACCUCAAGAAACACGCCGACGCUAUGGAGUACACUGUGGUGAGUUUGAGCGGGUACGAAAGUUUGAGGAGUCAAGUUGAUAUUCCAAGUGAAGAAUUUGUCGAAAAGAGAUUCCCCGACUACAAAUUGAUGAAACGUGUCGAGUUUGACGAGUUGACGAAAGCGGCAAAUGAACCAACCGUUGAGCAGUUGAGAAACAAAAGUGCAGCGUUUGGUCUAGAUUUGGUGUCAAGGAAAAAAUACGACGAAAUUAAGCAGCUUGCAUAUACUCCUAAUCUCGAGCAUUUGCAGAAAUUAGCCGAGUCACAUCAAAAACGGGUAGUUUCCCAAGAAGAGUUGGAGUCGUUACAGAACCCGUCACUUGAAACGAUAAAGUCCAUCCUGAGCAAAUUCGACCACGAAGUAGUGGAAACUAAGGAAUUGAGCAAACUACGAAAGACAGUGGAAGAGCCCGAGUUGCGAUACCUCAAGCUGCAAUUGGAGAAGCAUGGAUCGCAAGUGAUUUCUAAUGAGGAAAAAAAGAAUUUGGAGAAGUUGGCAUACAAUUUUGAUGAAGCUAGAGUGAAAAACUUGGCCAAAAAGCAUAGCUUAGUGGCUAUUCUGGAUGCAGAGUUCAAUACUCUACAAAACCCAAGCAUGGAGGCAUUGAGCAAAAGUCUUGAAAAUUACGGUUACAUGAGUAUCAGCAAAGACGAUUUUGAUAAGUUGAAAAAGCCUCCGACAAUUGAAGAAGUAGAAGCAUACGCCAAGAGUCAUAAUAGGGAAUUGAUUACACCAGAACUGCAUCAAGAGCUCAAGUCUCUUGCUCACGAACCUGACAUUGCCCAUCUUCAACUCAAGUCCAAGAUCUUGGACCACGUGCUUGUCCAUCGAGAUGAACACGAUAAAUUGAAAAGUAUACGAGACAGCCCAAGCAGGGACUUUUUAGAAACAGCUGCGAUUAAACACAAUCUCCACUUGGUGGACAAGUUGGAAUUUGAGGAAUUGAAAAACCUGGUAGAUCAUCCUGACUUGGAAACACUCAAGACAAAGCUUUCCGUGUUUGCAUACGCAGCAGUGCCAAACCAGGAGCUCGAGAGAUUGAACGAGUCGCUAGAUAAGCCCUCGUUGGAGUACUUGGUAGAGAAGCUGAAUGUGAUUGAUCGAGAGAUCCUCCCUAGUGAUGAAUUGCGUCAAUUGAAGCAAUUGGCCAAGUUGGCCAAUGAGCCAAGCAAAGAGCACAUUGAGGAGAAGGCCAAACUACUAGGAUACACCGUGGUUAGCCUGUCCGAAUUGGAAGACUUACAAAGACGCAUCAAAGAGCCAAGUUUAGAUGAGCUCACGGCAAAGGCAGAGACUGCAGGCCACAAGCUCGUCAAGAGCGACGAGUGGGAGAGGACUAAACAAUUGGCCGAAGAUCCAACUACUGACCAUAUGUCAUCCUUGGCGUCAAGGAAAAAAUUGAAAUUGGUACCAGUUGACGAUUACAACGAUUUGGUAGCCAAGAGCACAAGACCUGACCUUGAUUAUGUCAAGAAGAUGGCACUGGCUCACGACUACAAAGUUUUGAAAGCUGAUGAGUUGCACGACUUGAGAAACAAAGCAAAUGAACCUUCUCUUGAGCAUAUAAAGAAAGUUGCCAGUGCUAAAAAGCUCAAAGUGGUUCCACAGGAAGAAUACACGGAGCUUAUUGAAAAGUUGGAAAGGCCUAGUUUGGAUUACAUCAAAAGUGUUGCAUCUAGUCAAAACUUUGAAAUGGUACCAGCUCAUUCCUACAAGGAAUUGGUGCAAAGAGCCGAGAGUCCCGAUUUUGAACAUGUCAAGAGCGUGGCCGCGAAAAUUGACGCUAUGGCGUUGCCAAAACUGGAUUAUGAGAAGCUAGACCUGUUGGCGAAUCGUCCACCUAUUGAACAUGUAAGGACAGUGGCCAAGAGUUUGCAUUGUGACGUUAUUCCAGAGACAGAAUUGAAACAAUUACGCAAUCCAUCAGCAGAUGACGUCAAGGAAAGGGGACAAAAAAUGGGACUUUGGGUUGGUGAAAAGACUGAAUAUACAAAGCUCAUUGAACAAAUUGACACACCUGCCUUGGGCUAUUUGCAAGAAAAGGCCGAAAAAUUUGGCUCGACACUAGUCUUUAAGGAUGAUUUCGAAGCAUUGCAGAAAAAGGCACAUACUCCAGACUUGGCUCACAUCAAGGAGAAAGCAGGCGAAAGGGAUCAUGUGUUGUACCACAAGGACGAAGCUUUGAAAUUGACAAGAUUGGCACAUUCGCCCGACGUGGAACACGUGAAAUCGGUUGCAAAAUUGGCUGGAUUGGUUGUGUUGACGGAAGAUGCUCACAAGGACCUAACAAACCCAUCCAUGUCCACCUUGGAGAAGCAUGCGUCAAACAUCGAGCACUCGCUCGUCCCCACCAAAGAGAUUUCGAGGUUGAAAGAAUUGGACGAGCGGCCUUCCAAGGAUUUCAUCGAAAAGAAAGCGGCCCAAAUUGAUCACGUUGUUUUAUCAACGACGGACCACGCGGAGCUCUCGAAUUUGGCAAACCAUCCUCCUGCAGAUCACGUCAUCAAGACUGCAGCAUCUGUGGGCUUAACUGCCAUCCCGUCCUCCAAAUACGAAACUUUGGUUUCAGUGCUGAAGAACCCCAGUGUUGAGUUCUUGGCCGAUAAAGCCAAACAACAAGGCAAAGAGCUUAUCCCAACUGCGGAAUUGAAACAGUUGAAAGACAGCUUGAGUAAUCCCAAUAUGGAUUACCUCAUGGAAAAGGCCAAGUCGCAUCAUGCUGCUAUUGUUGUUGAUGCGGAAGCAUACCAGCAGUUGAAUGAGAUCAAGCAAAAGCCAACAAUGGAAUUUUUAACUGAAAAAGUUCAAGCUCUUGGAAGUAGAGUGAUUCCAAUCGAUGAGUUGAAGGACUUGGAGAGAAAGUGCAAUGAGCCUACAAAAGAGGAGGUCAUUGCGAGCGGUAAGAAGCUAGAUUUGACGGUGAUACCGAAAUCAAAACACAAUGAGUUGGAACAAAAGUUGGAAAACCCAAGCGAGGAUUACCUUAAAGCCCAUGCGCUGAAACUAAACUUUGCACUCGUUUCGAACGAGGAUCACGACAAGUUGAGGAGUUUGGCGCAAUCGCCUUCAAAGGAACAUAUUCAGGAAAAAGCCGAGUCCGCUGGAUUGAUUGUUUUGUCAAAGGGCGAAUACGAAGGUCUUGUCAAGGACUCCAAAGAUCCUUCCGAGCAAAAAUUGAAGCUGAUGGCUAGUUCCAAAGGCUUCACUUUGAUUGACCCCGUUGCUUUGAAGGCCCUCAGGACCCAAAUCGAAGCACCCAGCUUGGACUAUUUGAAAGAUCACGCUGCUAAGCAGUCGUGUGUUGUCGUAACGUCCAGUGAGAUGGAAGAGAAGCAAAAGAUGAUUGACGCACCUACUGCAGAGUAUUUGACAAGCAAAAGCUCCAACUUGGGCUUGAAAGUCAUUGCCAACCAAGAAUUGAAGGAAUUGCGAUCCAAAGCAGAUUCGCCUUCAAUUGAAUUUAUUAUGGAAAAGGCCAAAAUUUUGCACUAUGAUGUGCUUAGAGAAGACGAACACCUCUCGUUGCGUGAGAAAGCAGAGAAUCCAAGUGUUGAGCUAUUGAAAGUGCAAGCCUCGAAAAAGGGAAUGACCGUUUUAGGCAAUGAAGAAUACGACUCAUUGGUGGAUCCGACUGUUGAAGUGUUGAAAGAGAAUGGUUUGAAAUUAGGGCUUCAUGUGCUUCCAAAGCUGGAAUUUGAAGUGAUGAAGAAACACCAAGAUUCGCCAAGUCUCGAUUACUUGAAAUCAAAAGCCGAGACGUAUGAUCAGGCAAUCAUCUCGUGCAAGUUGCUUGAGAAGAUGCGUGAAAAUAUCGAUCAUCCGUCAAUGGAAUAUCUCACUAACAAGAGCACAGCAUUAGGGUUGAAACUAGUCAAGAAGGAGGAGUUGGAUAAGCUUUCUCAAAACGCAGAGUCACCUUCGCAAGAGCAUUUGGCAGCAAAAGCAGCACUCUUGAGCUUGACGCUAGUUCCAGCACUGAAAUAUGACGCCUUGGUUGCACAAGCUGAAAUGCCAAGUUUGGACCACAUUACCAAAAAGGCUAAAAUUCACGGCCAUUCACUUGUCUCUGACUCUGAGUACGAAAGUUUGAAACAAACCCUGGACCCUGUGAGCUACCUCUCCAGGGAAAAGAACAUGGUUGUUGUUCCCAAAGAGGAGCACGAUGGUUUGGUUGAGAAAUCCUGCAGGAGCCUCGAAGAUCACGCAAGAGAGAAGCUGAUGGUUCUCGUUCCCCCAAAAGAGCAUGAAGAUUUGGUGAAAAGGGCAAACAAGAGUGUAGAAGAAUGUGCAGCUGAGCAAGGUAAAAUCGUGUUACUGAUUGACGAGCACUCGGCGUUGCAACAAGCCCUGAACAAAUCGUUGGAACAAUUUGCAAGUGAAAAGAAUAUGGUGGUACUUGAAAAAGAUGAGCACGAGUCACUCCAUACGAGGGCCAACAAAUCGUUGGAUCUUUUAGCGCAGGAGGCUCGCAAGGUUGCGAUUCCGCUUGACGAAUAUAAUGAAUUGGAAAAACAAGCGAAAAUGCCAUUGGCGGACAAAGCGUCUGAGGCUGGAAUGGCUGUUCUCCCACAAGCGGAGUUGGUCCUGAUGAAAAGUUUAAUCAAAAAUCCUUCCUUGGAGUACCUUAAAAAGUGCUGCGACAAGCAUUUACAGCAAAUGGUGUCGAAGGAGGACUAUGAGCAGCUCAAACUGAGAGCAGAUGAACCUUUGGAAGUGAAGGCAAAGGAUGCUGGAUUGGAAUUAAUCGAACCUGCAGAGUUGAGAAAGCUCCAUGAAGAUAUCGAGAGUCCAACUGAGGACUAUUUGAGCUCAAAGGCAAAUGGGUUAGGGUUCAAGCUCCUCAAAGGCGACCAAUACGAAACACUUUUCGCUUACUCGAAGAAAUCAAUUGAUGAGAUUGCGCAUGACAAUGACUUGACUGUUGUUCCCAUCGACAAAUAUGAGGAGCUAGUCAAAUCGAUUGAUGAUCCAACAAUCGACUAUUUGUCAGAAAAGGCAAAGCAAAAAAAUUUUGUUUUAACAAGUGCUGAGAAAUAUGAGGUGAUGAAAAAGAACUUCAACACUCCCGAGAUUACAUUCUUGAGAGAGAAAGCACAAGCUAAGGGCUUUAUAGUGAUUCCAACUGAUGAAUAUGAGUCUUUGAAAGAAAAGAGCGAGCAAUCUUUGGAAUCGAGAGCCGCUGGCGCAGGAAUGGUUUUGAUUGGUCAGAGUACUUUCAAGAAAUCUUCUGACGAAAAAGCAGAAACUAAAGCGAGAUGCAGCUUGCUCGAGAAGGCAAAUGAUAAACUUCAAGAAAGCUGUGACGAGUUGAGAAAAGAAAAGGCAGAUGUUCUCGCUAAGCUAGAGAAUCCAGACAUGAGCUACUUGGAGCUGAAAGUAAAAGAUCACCAGAUGGCACUCCUCCCGAUUGCAGAGCAUUCACGCUUUGAAAACGUGAAAUCUGCAUUGGGUGAACAAUUGAACAGAGUCGAGCAAGGGAAAAAAUUCAGGGUGGUUGAAAAUGCAGAGUAUGAUGAUUUGAAAGCAGCAGCACACAAGUCGAUAGAGCAAAGGGCCAGUGAACAGAAUUUGCACUUGAUGCCAAUUUCCGAGCACCAAAACAUUGUCAAUAAGAAAGAGGAAUUGACCAAGCAAAACGAAGCAUUGACCCAACAGCUCAAGUUUCCUUCCAUUGGUUAUAUUAAAGAGCACAGCGGUGAUCUUGGAUUGGUUGCCGUUGAGAAAGCAGCAUAUGACAAGUUGCUUGAAGAAAGUGCAUUAUCGCUCGAAGACCGAGCCAAAAUGGCACAAAUGGUGGUUAUCGACCAGCAAGAGUACAAUGGAUUGCAAAAACCUGAUAUCAAGAGACUAUCGGAAUUGUGCAAAGAAAUCCAGUACGUGGCCGUGCCGAUUGUUGAGUUUGACAAGAUACGAGCAUUGCAAACGUCGCCACCUAUAAGCUUCAUAAAUGAGCACGCUGAAAAUAACGGCUUGAAGGUUCUCACAAAGAAGGAUUACUUGCAGCUCGAGCAGUUGGCAAACGCUCCCGUCCAUGAGCGACUCGAAGGCACCGAUUUGAAGUUGAUAAAGACAGCCGAGUACGAUGAUUUGAUUGUCAAAGCUCAUCAGCCUUCCGCAAGCCACCUUGAAUCAAUCGCGUCUUCUAAAGGGUUGGCAGUCAUUCCUGUGGUUGAACUUGGUUCAUUAAGAGAGAAAGCUGAUCAGAAUCUCGUUGACAGGAUGACCGAAGACGGCUAUGCAGUUGUAACGAUUGAAGAAGAAGAGGAAAAAGAUAAAGAAUUGAAGCGGUUGAGAUUGGCCAUCAAUCGAACAUUUGAUGAGCUUGCUCAUGAACGUGGAAUGGCGGUGUUGUCACAAGCUGAAUACGAACAAUUGCAGGAAAAGGUGAAAGCUUCCGAGCUAGACAAGGAGCUGCGGGCCGCAGAGCCGGAGAUUGGUCAAGUCAUUUUGAGCACCUCGGAGUACGAAACAUUGGUGGAGAUGAGUAAAAAUUCAAGAGAGGAGCCACAAUCAGAGCCACUGGAGCAACCCGCGAUGCACAAUAGACCCGUGUCCGUGGAGAUACGAAAAUCCACUUCUGAAUCAGAUAUGGAAAAUUACCAUGACGCAGCUAAUAUGUUUACCGUUUCCGAAGACGAAUUGAGAAGCAAUGCUUCCCAAAAGAACCUUGCCGUUUUAACAAAGGCAGAACAUGAGUCUCUCAUAACAGAUGAUUACGAAAGGGCAUCGAGGAUUGCCAAAAAAUUAUCACUUGUGUUGGUUCCCGAGGCAGACUUUUUGAGAUUGAAACAAGCAUCCGCGGAAAAAGACGCACGCCAGUCGCGAGUGUUGGAACUCGAGACAUACAUUGCCGAUUUGAAGCGCAUUUCAACCGGUGACAGCUCUUAUCACAAGGAAGCAGUCACGAGCUACUUCAGUGUGGCAGGCAACAAGGCAGCCAUAGUGGCGGCAGCGAAGAACUUGCAUUUGUUGGUCAUUGCCGAGUCCUCCUACAUUGCCACCACAACGCAUCCAACUCCCGAUGUGGACAAUGUCAAGAUUAUACCUUCGAGCUACUUUUACCAGCUUGUUCAAUUCAAGUCAAUGACUGUUGAUAGAAUCUCCAACGAGCAAUUUGAGCAAUACGCAUUGAAGCGUGGCUAUGUUCGGAAUAAAAUGACCCCAGUCAUGAAGGACACGGCAGCAUUCAAAGAAACAAGGAUAACACCGCCCCAAAAAAUCACCAACACUGAUGCUUCUAGAUUUGUCUCGCCUUCGCAUCCUGCCACUGUCCGAGAUGAAGAAUACUCGGCGAAUAAGCCACUUCAAAGACGAGUUCCCCAGUCGUCUUCGAUCCGGACAAACUUGUCUGAGAGGUCGAAUGCAGGCUCGAUUGGGUCGGUUGCCGCUUUCUCGAUGGCAACGGAUGUAUCCUUUACCGACAGACUGAUGAUCCCCGCCAUCACACAAGUAGUGAUUGGAGAGUAUCUAUUCAAGUAUUAUAGGAAAUUUUCGGCGUUGAGUGCUAUUGCGGAAACAAGACACGAGAGGUACUUUUGGGUGCACCCAUACUCGCUAACAUUGUAUUGGUCAGAAAGCAAUCCGGUAUUGUCGAACCCCGCCGCCGUUAAGACGAGGGCUGCUGCCAUUAUAAGCGUGGAAAGUGUUCAUGAUAGCAACCCCAUUCCAACUGGCUUGUACUACAAGAGUAUCAUUGUUCAUUCCAAUGGUAAUCGUUCGGUUAAAAUCACAUGUGCCACGAGACAGCGCCACAAUAUCUGGUACAAUGCGUUGCGCUACUUGGUUAGCCGAAACAUCGAUGAUCUCACGGUUGACGAAGACGCGAAUGAUCUCGCUAUGGAUACGGAAGAGAGAAGACCUUCACAAUCCGAGUCGCAUCGCAAUUUGGAAUCGCUCUUGGACACUGGCGACCGCCGUGCUUACCCUAGGCCGAAGCGAAUGUCCUCGCACACUAGAAUGUCGGUGUCCCCUUCGACUGGUACAGUUUCUAAAAUCACAUCGAGGAGACACUAG